GUUUGAAAACUCCGGUGUGUGCGGGCUCAUCAUUUUUUGUUAACAUCUAGUUACAUACAGUUUUUUUAAUUUUUUUUUUCUAAAAAAAAAGUGAGUUUAAAUCAAUAGUUUUCUCAAAAAUCUUCAAUUUUGAUCGUACGGUUGGAGAUGGAUACUUGUAUCAACAGCGAUAGUCUAAAAGAAAUACUUUUAUACAAACGAAAAAAUCUGCUUAAGGCUCAUCUGAGACUGAAUUGGAUUGUUAUUUUGUUGCUCGACUUCAUGGUUUACACACUAUCUGCUCCCUCUAAAAGCGCUUCCUUGAAAUUUGAAAACACUGAGUCAGCUAUUAAGUACUUUUUGCUUGAACAUAGCAUUAUUCCAGAUGCUGUUCGUGAGACACCGCAAAACCUUUGUAAGGUUCGUUACACUCAUAACGUGUACGUAAAUCUUGGCAACAAAAUCGAUCCCGCAGACGCUCAACGCUUACCUCGUUUGAUUGAUUGGCCCAUCUCUAACAAUGCUUCCUUUUACACCUUGAUUUUAUUAGAUGUCGAUGUACCUACGAGGAAGUUCCCGAUUUACAAGGACAGACAACACUGGAUUGUGACAAAUAUCCCCAGAAAUAGAUGGAAAGCUGGAGAGAAACUCACUACAUAUCUAGGACCAAUAGCUCCUCGGAAUACAGGAUUGCACAGAUACGUUUUUCUUGUCUACAAACAACCAGAAAGGAUACAUUUUGAUGAAAAAAGGUUGACAGGUUUCGACAAAGAAAGCUAUUUCAUGAGGAACUGUUACUCAAUCGAAAAGUUUGUGACCAAAUAUAAUUUGGGACGACCACAUGCAAUCAAUUUUUUCCUAUCAGGCUGGCCUUUAAAUCAAGAUACAAUUCCAUCAAGGCGGAAAAAUGAAACAGUGGCUGAUGCAAACCAUUAAAUCGUUAAUUUGUUUUCUUUUUUUACCAUUUUGUCCAUGAUGCCAACGAAGUAUUAAGACUUGUUUCCUUAACUAAUAUACAUAUGUUAGUGUCAAAAAUAUUUGUACCUUUUGCUGUGUUUAAUUUGUAUGUAUUGUAUGUUAUCUGUAUGUAUUUGUAAUUUUUGAUUAAUAUAUUUAUUUUUUCGUGAAA